AUAGGCCAACGUAUGAACGCUGUGGCGCUAUGCUUGCGCGGGAACUGCAACGAUUCUUACUAGUGCUGCUUAUUUCUCUCUGCCAGAUAGGCGCGUUGAUUGCGGACAAUGUAGGAGACCGUUUCCUGAUAGAAGCGCUGCUAGCGCAGCAGCCCAAGCGAGCGGGCAAGACGCAGAAGCAUGGCACUGUGCCGGUGGAGCGCCUGCCCCGCCACUUCAACCACAGUUCACUGCACGAGUGGUUGAUGCGCCGCGCGGUGUAUGUGCUUGACGCACAUGAUAGCUCAGACGGCGAAUCUGAGAACACUGCGGCCCACCAGGCGCCGGAGAUGCCGCAGGUGGCGCCCUGCAACAUCUGGGUCAGCUGUGCCGGCGCCGCUGUGCAGCAACAGCCGCAGCAACAGCAGCCGCAGGUCGUGCUGGUAGUGCCUUCCACAGAGCAUUGGCUGCUAGAGGUAUUAGGAGGCUCAUGUGCGGAGCGCAUCGCAAACAGCCGCAAGCGCCAGCCGCGCAAGCGGGGCGGGGGCGACGGCGGCGGCAGCGACGCCAACGGCGGGGGCUUGUGCUUCGAGCCGCUGGUGUCUGCGUACCCGGAGGCAACGCCCGAGCAAUUGGAGCAAAUGUGGCGAUCGGCCACGGUGGUCAGCGCCGCGCCCAACGUGCUCAUUCGCGCCGCGCGCGCCUAUGCGCGCAUCGGCAGUGGGUGGAAGUCGGCGGCUGCGGAGCCCAAGUGCGCGCCGCUGCCCUUCCGGGCCUUCGCACAGGACCCCGUGGCCCUGGCUCUGCAGGGCGGGCUGUUCCGCUGCAGCAAGCAGGACGAGGAUGGCCACGGCGAGGCGGGCGGCGGCGGCGGCGGCGGCGGGAGGGGCGGCGGGAAGGGCGGCAGGGACGCGGAGGCGGAGGUGGAUGCGGAGGCGCAGGGCAAGGAGCGGCGGCGGCGGGACCGGGCGCUGCAGCGCGCAGGCAAGGCCGAGGACAAGGACGAGGAACCGGAGAACAGAGGAAGACAAAUAAAACAGAAGGAGAGGAAGAAGGGCAAGGAUUCGGGGCGUGAGGGCGUUGCGCCAGUCAAGCGGGGCGCGGCCGGCGCGGCCGCCGCUGCUCCCGCGUUUGUGCCUGCGGUGCACGACCUGUCACUGUUGGAGCCGCUCAGCCCCUGCCUGACCGGCAUGAGUGGACUGCUCGCCGCGGACUUCCUGGUCAGGCCCGACCCUGACCACGUGCUGGAGGAUCUGCGGGAGGUGGCGCAGCUGGUCAACACCGCAAGCAGGACUGCGGCCGGAUCCGGAUCUGGAGCCGGGGCCGGGGCCGGGGCCGGGGCUGCAGCCGGGCUUGCGGCAGGGGCCGGGCGGCUGCUGGUGGAUGAGCUGGCCCUAGCCAAGCACCUGCGCGGCGAGCACGAGCGGUGGAAGCAGUACCGGCAGCUGUUUAGCGAGUGCGGCGAGGAGUGCGUCAGGCAGCUGUCCGCCUUCUAUGCGCAGGACAUCGAGGUGCUGGGCGUGGGACAGUAGGAGGGGGUGAGCCGUUGGGGGGAGGGAGGCGGGGCGCCGGGCGGCGUGCCGUGUGCUACUGCCACGGCGUCGGUCGUGGGUGGUGCUGGAGCGUGAACUUGCUGCCGGAGCGGCAAGUCUGGUCCCUGUCUCCACAGGCAUUGCCUCGGUGCUGGAGUGUGUCACAGAAAAGGCACAGUGAUAGGAUGGAUUGAGGAGCAGAAUGCGGCUAGGGUAGUUCUUUGGUGCUGCUGGUCCAGUAGGGUAGAUGAGCCUCACGUCAUGCACCUUCAAUCCGAAGGUUCGGGGUAUGCUUUCAUCAGCUGAAGUGUUACGGCAU